AGAUACAGCAAAAGAAUUUAAGCUCAGGAGGAAGGCCAACCCCUUCAUACAUGAGCAAGUCCGGUCUGUUUCUACGACAACAGGAUGUAAACAGAUGGGGUAUCACUGUCACCGCUGAAGCCAUUCGAGUGCCACUUACAGUGCCAAGGCAAGAGCUGAUGAAAAUCUGAUCACUUACUGAAGCAAGAUUGACAUUCACUAUGCCCACCAGGAAAUCAAGAUCCCACAGUUCUAAGUCAGCCAAGAAGACUAUGGCCCCAAAGACACCUAAAAAGAGGUCCUCAUGUAGUGCCAAAGUCACCACAACCGAGGUGGACAUCCUCAGCCCAGCAGCCAUGGAGAAUAUCUACUACAUUGCUCACAAUGCAGCAGACUGCCUGGAGUUCAGAGGAUUUGGAUGGCCAAAUUCAAAGAAGAAAAAGAAGGGGACAAAACGAAAGAAGAAAAACUGAAUCAUAAAUUUUGCCAAAGAGAAUUUUAACUGCCUUCCAAUGGUGACACCUACUGGAUGGAUUUGAGAUGACAGUUGGAGUGUUUGAGGCAUUAAAUAAUUAAUUCUAGUAAAACUUACUGCAUGAGACUUUACAGGACUUCAUUAUAUUCAACUUUAUUGUAUUGUUCAGAAUGGUGUUUGUACAACAACAAUGAAAACUUUGGCAGUUAUUGUGAGGUGUGUGAAGGAAAAUCUUCUUUAUUAACUUUAUAACUCUAAAAUCUUCUGUGGACAUAUUGAAUAGCUUGAAUGCAUAACAAAAAUGGUCAACCAGCAGUACCAUGAAACUGGAAUUAAAAUGAUCCCAUUAGUUUUUUUUGUAAUAUUCUUUAAAUCCAGUCUUUGCACUAUUUACCUUAGAAAAUAGGUUACAAAGAGUAUGCCUAUAAAACUAAGGGAAGAAACAAACACUGUU